AUGUUAUUAGCUGGUCGAUUUAUGGGUACUCGACAAUACCUAUUGUGGUUUCUAAUUAUUGCAAGUUGGAAUCUUGCUAAUGCAUUUCCAACCACUGAGGAAAUUUCACCGAUAAAAAACUCGUUUGAGGAACUUCAAGGACGGUAUAGGCGUAGCGUAAAUGGAGACUCCAUUUGCGAUGCUCCUUGUACUUGUCAAUGCAGCUCAACUGGAGCACCACAAACAAGUGAAGUAACAUCAGUUGGCACAACCACAUCAACCACAUCAACAAUAAGUUCUACAACAACAACAUUAACAACAUCGACGUCGACAUCAACAACGACAUCCACCACCACGUCGACAUCAACAACGACAUCCACCUCCACGUCGACAUCAGCAACAAGUACUUCGACGACUAUACGAGUACCAGCACUACCAGUUCUACAACAAGCACUUCAACAACAAGUACUUCGACGACUAGCACGAGUACCAGCACUACCAGUUCUACAACAAGUACCUCGACGACUAGUACGAGUACCAGCACUACCAGUUCUACAACAAGUACUUCGACGACUAGUACCAGUACCAGCACUACCAGUUCUACAACAAGUACUUCCACGACUAAGUACAGCAUUUCAACAACUUAAUUUUUUAUAA